GGUGAAGAAGGAAAUGGCCGCCAUUGAAAUGGAACUGAAGCUCUCAGAAACGGAAGCUCAAACCUUCAAUCUAGAGAAGGCAGUUUGUAGCCAUGGUUUGUUCAUGAUGGCGCCAAAUAUAUGGGAUCCUCUCUCUAAAACUCUACUACGACCAUUACUCCUCGAUUCUCGCGAAGCCGGUUACGGUGAUGGAGAUGGAAUCUCCGAUCCUAAAUCAUCUUCUGCAUUCGUUCGCAUUUCUCAUUCUCCUUCAUCUCCUGAUCGUCUCAAUCUAAGUAUUUCGGGAGUCGAAUCACUCUCGCCUAAACAACAACAGUUCUUACAGGAUCAAGUGAAGAGAAUGCUGAGAUUGUCAGAAACGGAUGAACAAAAUGUGAGAAACUUCCAGAAUUUACAUGAAGAAUCGAAGGUUAAUGGAUUCGGUAGAGUUUUUAGAUCGCCUACUUUGUUUGAGGAUAUGGUUAAGUGCAUCCUUCUCUGCAACUGCCAGUGGUCUAGGACAUUAACCAUGGCUCACUCACUUUGUGAACUUCAGUAUGAACUUCAUCAUUCAACUGAGAAACUAAGGAUAGAAAUCGAUCAUCAUUUUGCUCCGGAUACUCCAGGAGCAAAGGAAUUGAAUAGAAAACAUGGAAGAACAUCAAUCAAGAACAAAUUUACAGAGCAUGAAGGAGAAAUGGAUUUGAUGGACAGUAUAACUCUCGGUAAUUUUCCAAGCCCUAGAGAACUAGCAGCAAUUGACGAGGGAUAUUUAGCGAAACGUUGCAAACUUGGCUACAGAGCAAGUAGAAUAUCAAAACUUGCUAAGACCAUUGUCAAUGGAAGUGUCAGAUUGGAUCAACUCGAAGAAGCUUGUGUUGAACCGAGCUUAGAAAGCUAUGUCGAGUUAAUUGAACAGCUUAAAGGAAUCAAUGGGUUUGGUCCUUUCACUUGUGCAAAUACACUUAUGUGCAUGGGAUUUUACCAUGUAAUUCCUACAGAUUCAGAAACCAUUAGGCAUUUAAAACAGGUUCAUGGCAGGAAUUCCACACUAAGAACAGUGGCGAAGGAUGUGAAUGAAAUGUACAACAAAUAUGCACCAUUUCAGUUCUUGGCAUACUGGUCAGAAGUAUGGAAUUUCUAUGAGGAUUGGUUUGGUAAGAUGAGUGAAAUGUCUCAUUGUGAUUAUAAGCUUAUUACUGCUGCUAAUAUGAAGCCAAUGAAGAAGAAGAAGAAAAUCAAGAGGAAUGUGGUUUCUUAGGGCAAUAAUUAUUUUGUAUGGAUUGCAAACCACUCUUAUAUUUAGAUCACCACUCUUAUAUUUGGAUCUAAAUACUAGUGCUGAUCGUAAUCAGUCAGUUAUU